AAAUAUUCACAAGGUUCCAGAUGCCAAACCAGACAUUGCCGCAGGUCCAGAUAUUCUCGUCGCAAGCUAAACCGAAAGGGAAGAAAUGUUUGUCACUCCAUCUCGGCGUUGUAAUGUUGGCUUUGGAAUUGAUGAUGUCAACAACAGACAAGGAAACUUCUGCUUAGUGUUCAUCGUGCAUCUGAGGCAAGAGCAGGGCACGAGGGUGUGUGUGGGCAGAGAAGUGUAUCUCCGUAUGCCAAGCAACGCAGGUUGGUGCGUGGAUUGCAAAGAAAUAUCUUUCACCUCUUCUCUUCUCCGACAAGUACUUUCUUAUAUAACUUUCUUAUUACUCCUUCGUUCCCUCCUCAUACCGUCCUCUAGUACAAUAUACCCCACUCACCUCACCUCACCUCACCUCACCUCACUAGGAAGUGUCAACCACUGCAACUAUGUGGGGAGUAUCAUAUUGGGUCUUUCCAGUCAUCUCCGGGCUCUGCUGGCUCGGAAUGCUCAUGGGACUACUCAUCCACUGGUGUGCGACAGGAAAGCCGCACUAUCCAUGGAUGGACCAAGACCAAACCAUUGCCUACAUUUCCGACGUUGGAGCUGGAAAUCUUAAACCGCUAUUCAUUGCUGGCUCAGCGGUAACGACCAUUUUCCUCGACCUAUCAUUCCUCUCAGAACGAUGGCUUCGACACCGCGGUCGAUUGGCGAAGAACACCACCCGUACCGAGAAAGUGCUGGUUGUGUUAUCCUUGGUCUUCGCUGUCAUUGGAACGUGUGGCUUGAUCCUACUCAGUAUCUUUGACACGGCUCAAUACCCACGAGUUCACGAUGUCAUGCUCCUACUCUUCAUUGCUGGCUACGUUAUUUCCGCCAUCUUCAUCUGCUGGGAAUAUCAACGUCUAGGAAUCCAUUUCCGCCAACACCGUAUCCUCCGCGCCUCCUUCUGGAUCAAGCUAUUCUUCAUCCUCGUCGAAGUCUGUCUCGCCAUCGCCUUCGCAGCCACCAACUUCCGACAUGCGUAUAACGCCGCUGCGGUCUUAGAAUGGGCCAUCUCGUUCAUCUUCACCUUCUACGUCUUCUCGUUCUUCAUCGACUUACUACCCGCUGUCCAUACCAAACAUUCGCAGAGGAAGUUCGGGUCGGGAAUGGGAGAGACGGAGAUGCAGGUAGAGCAGAAUGAUGAUUUGAGUGCGGAGAGGGGCGCUGCGUAUGGUGGGGGAAGGAAUACGGUGGAUAGUCAAAGGACAUUGGCAGAAAAUAAUGUGAGGUCCGUUAAUGGAGUGAAGUAUGAGGGGCAGGCACCUGUGUCGAGUAAUUUCUAGAUAAGGAGAGGAGUGGAGGAGAGUGAGGGGUAAUAUGUGUGAAUAGGGAAGACUGUAUAUAUGGGCGUGGGUUUUGAAGAGCGGUUUUGCAUUGGAUUAUUGCUUUCAGCAUGGCGUUUGGGUCGAGGCAUAGCAUGGUAACGAAAGUAAUUAGAUGAUAUCCAACAAUGUGUUUCACUAAAGUAACUUCCUGGUUG